UAUGUCAUCGAUGACGCACUGCAAUUUCAACGAUUGAUCUGUUCCCUUCUGCUCCCUUCUUUGUCAAUCGCGAACAGUACCGAGUGCAGCAGUGAGCAGCCAUUUUGUUAAAAAAUCUACUUUUUUUCUUUUUACGAGUAGGUACUAGGUAAGACGGAAAUCGGAAUUAAUAGUCAUACAUUUUUUAUUUGCUCUUUCGAUAGACGAUACUUGGUGUACUGUUUGAACUUUAGACUUGUUUUCCCCCAGAGUCGAUCGGACACUACUAUUAACAAAUUUCAACAUGAAUCGGAACAUUUUGUAUGAUAUGACUCAAAAUAUUUCUUCACGUCACAUAAAUGUUAAAAAUCUCUCGAUUGGCAGAAAUGUUGAAAUAACGUCAAUCAAAAGAAGACCAAUGGAUUCUAACACAUGUUCAGACCAACUACAAAAUAAAAUCGAUUUGUGUUGGGAUCAGAGAACCAAACGGGAAGUGACUAUCGAGCCCAUUGAAAACAAAGAAAAUGACCAGAUAGUGUCUUUAUUGAAAAAAUUACCAGCUAUUAGCUACACAAUUUUCAAGCCUGAGCCAGUGUUCAAGGUACCACUGACCCCUAUAGCGCAGACCAUCGCAGACAAUAAAACUCCCAUGAAAGGGAACAGUUUUAAUAAACCCAAGGGUAUGCCGGUCAAAAGUCCAACGAACGAUGGUCGCUUGAAGCAGCCACUGCGAUCGCCCAAUGAACGGACUGCAACGCCAUCGCGACCAGCUCUCAAAGCACGCUCCGUUAUACCGCCGCCACGGUCGCACAAAGAACGAGCUACGACACCGUCGCGAUCGUUAAAACAAAGUGUUAGAACACCGUCUCGGCUAUCCAAAGAACAACACUGUCCACCUACGUCUGCGGCAAGUGCGAAAGUGCCUCUUGGCGCCGUUGUUCUUCUGAAAGAUAAACAGUCGGCAACGGACGCGAAGAAGGAAACGAACGGCAAGUAUGCCGGUGUAUCGCAGAUGAAGAUGCUCGGGAACUCGUUGGAGCAAUUCGAUGUACAGCAGAAAGCGCCGACGACACCGCCAGAGAAAGAUAACGUUCCCAGGACGAGUUCUCCCAACGGACACGUUGCCGACGACAACCGGCGGAGUAAGUCGGGCAGCUCUUCCAUCAGCAACAACUACACGCUAAUGGACUUGUCGUUCAACGGUCAAAUCGGCAUAGUGCCGGUCCCCAAUCCAUGGGACCUGAACGACACCAGCGUGCCCGAGUACGACAAGUUCGUUUCGGGCAUUGGCGACACAACGCCCUCGCCCUGUUCGUCGUCCAUCGACUGUAGCGUUUCCGGUUUGUUGGGUGGCACCGUAUCGGAAAGUGGCUCGUUGGGAGGAGGCCAAGAGCCAUUGCCUUCGUUCUGUGACAUCGAAAGGUCGCUGAUCGGAAACGGCAUAUUGCCGGCCGGUAACGACAGUAGCGGCCAAAACGUAUUUCAAACGACUGCAGGCGACGACCAACACGUGUUGCAGAAGAUCAGAAGUCGUUUUUGCGAUUUUUCCGACCCGCCCGACUGCCACGGCGAAACGUUGGCCCAACAACCGUCGCAGGCAAUGGGCAAGAGAUCUGCGACACAGGACGGACCAUCUAAAAGGCCAAAGCUCGACGAGGUGAACAAUUAUGAUGACCUAUAACGCAUGCAUGGCGAUUUUGUUAGGCGUUAACAUAUUAAUUAUACGGUUAAAUGCGAUUUUAUAAUAAUUAUAUUAAAUCAUUAAUUAACUCCAAUGUCGUUUGUAAUUUCUUUUUUUUUUUCAUACAAAACAUACAAUCUUUAAGACUAUUUUAAAUAUUCGCACUUAAGUUUUCGAUUUAAAUUUUUUUAGAUAAAUUUAUGAUAAAUUCAAUUGAUAUCUUAUUUAAUUG